AUGAAUGAUAAUCCAUACAGGCUGUCACUCGAGGUGGAUCAACAUAGCAACACUAAUGUCCACUUCUUAGAUGUAAAUAUCAGAAUUCAAGGACCCAACAUUCACACUAUUGUCUAUCAGAAGCCGUGUGCAAGCCCCACAUACAUACCGAGUGACUCACGUGACCCGUUUCAAUACAAAUUGGCCGCUUUUCGAUCUUUAGUUAGAAGAGCAUGUUCUCAUUCAUCUACACAAGAAGCACUUAGAGAAGAGUUAACACACAUUGAGAAGAUCGCUGACAUGCAUGGCUACCACAAUCUUGUACCAAGAAUCGCAGAAUGCCAUGAAAGGGCACUGAUGUCGCACAACACUCCUAUGACGACAUUGGGAGACAACCACAGCAUUGAUAUGAAAAGAAUAUUGCUUACAUUCAACCAUAUCUUGAAAUCGGUAUAUACAGCGGUUGCCAAAAGACGUAAUGUCAACAUUGCUUACAAGAGGGGCCCAACUAUCUUUGACAUACUACGCAAUGGAAAGGACCCGCCUGACCCGAUCAAAUCACAGGGAAUAUAUCGGACCCCUGUUCGUAAUGAUAGAUUCGGUAGGGAUUUAGUCUAUAUAGGAUCUACGAAACGCUCGAUGGGCGUGAGAAUAAGCGAACACAAAGCAGACAUACGACAUAACAGAGCCACCACAUCACUCUCGGUUUAUGCUUCUGACCCUGAUAUUAUGGUUGACUUCGCAGGGGCAAAGUUAAUAGUUAGAACAACACAGAGAGACCACCUCAAAUGGUUAGAGAUGGUGGAGAUAUAUAAGGCGCAUACUACAUCUGAGUGCAUUAAUUCAUGGAAGGAGAUGGCUCUUUCGAUCGCUUGGCAAGCCGUUCUACAUAGUGACUCAUAA